CUUGCGCAAUGACAAAUGGACACAUGCACUGCCUCCCCACCCCCCCGCCUGCCCGAAGCUGGGGAGGGGAGCUUGUCCGGAUGGAAUGGAGCCUGCUGGCAUGUUGCGGUGGGAACUAGCAGCCUGCUGUCUUCCAGCCGGAGCGAGAAAUCCGGACAGGAAGUGAUUCAGUACCAGGAAUGCCUCUGGGCUUCAUCCAGCUCCCCUCGUGUCGGUGCGCUCGGAGCCGUGGGGCUGGCACUCCUGUUUCGGGCUGCUGAAGAGAUGUCCACCUACAAGCGGGCCACCCUGGAUGAAGAGGAGUUGGUGGACUCCCUGGAGGGAGAGAUCUACCCCAACGGGGUCCAGGUGAACUUCCGAGGGCCAGGGGGUACCAAGGGCUGCUGGGCACAGCGGACGCGGAUUGAGAAACGCCUCCUGGCCCUGGUGGUCCUCCUGUUCCUCAGUCUCCUGGCCUGCCUGUCCGUCCUGCUCUUCCAGUACCAAACUAGGCCCUGCCUGACUGAAGCCUGCAUCUCGGUGACCAGCUCCAUCCUCAGCUCACUGGACCACGCAGUGGAUCCCUGCGAGGACUUCUUUAGCUAUGCCUGCGGCGGCUGGAUCCGGAACAACCCCAUCCCGGACGGCCACUCCCGCUGGGGGACCUUCAACAAGCUUUGGGAACACAACCAGGCAGCCCUCAAGAGCCUCCUGGAGAACGCCACGGCGUUGAGCGAGGCCGAACGCAAAGUGCAGCACUACUACCAGUCCUGCAUGAACGAGAGCAGAAUUGAGGAGCUGCAGGCCAAGCCGCUGGUGGAUCAGGUCCAGAAGCUUGGCGGCUGGAAUAUCAGCAACCUCUUGAACGAGCACAGCUUCAACCAGACGUUGCUGGAGCUGGUGGCUCACCACCACCUCACCCCCUUCUUCUCCAUCUACGUGAGCGCCGACUCGAAGAAUUCCAGCAGCAACAUCAUCCAGAUUGACCAGUCAGGGCUGGGACUGCCGUCCAGGGAUUACUAUCUCAACAAAACCCAGAACGAGAAAGUCCUGGCAGCGUACUUGAACUUCAUGGUCCAGCUGGGCCUGCUGGUUGGGGGGCAAGAGGAGGCAGCCACCCGGCAGCAGAUGCAGGAGAUCCUGGACUUUGAGACCACCUUGGCCAACAUUACCACCUCCCAGGAGAAGCGCCGGGAUGAGGAAGUGAUCUACCACAAAAUAACUGCCGGGGAGCUCAAGGACCUGGCUCCGGCCAUCGACUGGAUGCCGUUGCUCAGGGAGGUCUUCUACCCGGUGGAGAUCAACGAGUCGGAGCCGGUGGUGGUCUACGCCAAGGAGUACCUCCAGCGCAUCUCCCUCCUCAUCCUGAACGCGGAUAAGCGAAUUUUGCGCAACUACAUGAUUUGGCACCUGGUAAGGAAAGGGGCGAGUUUUCUGGACCAGCGAUUCCAAGACGCAGAGGAGAAGUUCCUUGAAGUCAUGUACGGAUCGAAGAAGACCUGCGUGCCCCGUUGGAAGUACUGCAUCAGCGACACGGACAACAGCUUGGGCUUCGUCCUGGGUGCCAUGUUUGUGAGGGCCACCUUCGCCGAGGACAGCAAGGCCAUCGCCGAGGAGAUGAUCCUGGAGAUCAAAACGGCCUUGGAAGAAAGCCUGGCCAGCCUCCGGUGGAUGGACGAGGAGACCAGGCGGUCGGCCAGAGAGAAGGCUGACGCCAUCUAUGACAUGAUCGGCUACCCCAAAUUCAUCCUGGAUCCCAAAGAGCUGGACAAAGUGUUCCAUGAUUACGACCCGAUGCCUGACCUAUACUAUGAGAACGUCAUGCAGUUUUUCAACUUCUCCGCCCGGGUGGCUGCUGACCAGCUUCGCAAACCUCCGAACCGCGACCAGUGGAGCAUGACGCCCCCGACAGUGAAUGCUUAUUAUUCUCCCACCAAGAACGAGGUCAUCUUCCCGGCGGGAAUUCUGCAGGCUCCGUUCUAUACCCGGAAUUACCCCAAGGCCCUCAAUUUCGGUGGGAUUGGUGUCGUCGUGGGCCACGAACUGACUCACGCCUUUGAUGAUCAAGGACGCGAGUACGACAAGGACGGCAACCUCCGGCGCUGGUGGAAGGAUUCCUCGGUGGACGCCUUCAAGCAGCACACGGAGUGCCUGGCGGAGCAGUAUGGCAACUAUUCCAUCAAUGGGGAGGCCGUGAACGGCAAACACACGCUGGGGGAGAACAUUGCUGACAACGGGGGGCUGAAGGCUGCCUACCGGGCCUAUCGGAACUGGGUGAAGAAAAACGGGGAGGAGCCGUCUCUACCCGCACUCGGUCUCACCAACGACCAGCUCUUCUUCGUUGGCUUUGCCCAGGUCUGGUGCUCGAUCCGUACCCCCGAGAGCUCCCACGAAGGGCUCGUCACGGACUCUCACAGCCCUUCCCGCUUCCGCGUCAUCGGGACCGUCUCCAACUCCAGGGAUUUUUCCAAGCACUUCCAGUGCAGGCCCGGCUCUCCCAUGAAUCCGCUGCAGAAAUGUGAAGUUUGGUGAGUUUUCCUCCGCAGAGAAAAAGGGGGCACCAGGAAAUGACCCGACCAGGACACCCGUUCUCCGCUUCUUCUGGGCCCCCUUAAACCCCUUGCUCUAAGCUGGAAAGGGCCUCUGUGAAGACCCCUUUGCAUCGCACCCAAAGAGCCAAAGAGGCUUUUCACUGCGUCUCCCACCGACUGACGGCUCGGGAGGCACGCACACAUGCUGGAGAUGCGCACCGUCCCUUUCUUUGGGAAGAGCCGAGCCCACGUUUAAGGUCUUUUGCCCCUUUUCCAAAGGGAGAACCUCUUUGUUGCUCUAAUGAACGCCACAGACACACGGACACGCAGCAUUUUGUAAAACGCGCCGGGGAAAUUAUUUUUGGAACCUUGCAGAACACUGGACGUUCCAGGGGGAGAUGUAUGGAAUUUUUAAAACGGUGUUGUCUCUCUCUCACGCGCGCAAAUGAAAAUGCUUGGGAAAGCCAUUGUUCUUUGCGUGGGCAAGUUGGCCCCCUUGGAGGGGGAAUGGGGUUGGUGUCCUCUUGGGCUUGUGAGAUGCCCUUCUGGCUUUGAGGCUGGGAUCUGCCUGAAUCCCUGCGAGGCACUCAGCGUCCGGCAUGGGGUUGUCCUCAGAAGGCCGCGCAGCCUGCCCUGUCUCUCGGCUUCAUCUCUCCCCUUGUGAGCUUUUCCAUUUUGAAUUAGGAGAGAGGAGAGGAGAGCUGCAGAGUUAAGCAGGUGCCACGCUGGGCUCCCCCCUCCCCCAGAAAUGGGUGCCCAGUCCAGGGUCGCCCGGGCUGGGUUUCUUCUAAUGCCAGUUCUGGCUGAGGACAGGUAGCUGGUGUCUUUGCUGGCAGGCCCCCUGCGGGGAGGAGCUAACCAGGUGGACCGGCCUCUAAGGUGGGGGGACGUCUUCUGGACCUCCUCCCUUUGGACUUGGGAGCACAAGGUGGGGUCAGGAUUCAUGUUACAGAAAAGCAGAUGCUGAGCAAACCAUUUUUCCUUCUGGACUGCUUGGCAGAUGUGGAAAGGGGCUACCCUGAGUAGGUUUUCAGCUACUGGGCAAGGACUGAGUGUCACUGGGGGCGGGGGGCAGGAAUCUUCCAAGUGCCUUAAGGCCAGCAAAGCAUUAGAUGCUUCCUGUGCUGAGUCCCACCCCUCAUUCUGCCAAAGCUGGCACCUUUUCUGCAGACGCAAUGAGGCAGCGAGGAGCCUUCCCAGAUUGCCAGCCACCCAGCUUAAUUCAACAGUAGGAGUCAUCCACCAUCCGGUGACCAACCGGUUUCCCACUCCGAUCAGACACAGAGAACGCAGGGCCACUGGGCUCUUCUGGGUGCUCAAAAAGGCUUGAUCUCUUUCUUGCGGGAGAUCUGUUUGAUGGGAUCCAUUCAGCGCCUUAAAGUGGGCUCCACAAGGGGUAUGGGGUUCUCCUGUUACCAACUUUCCCCAGCCAGCGGCCCUCCAGACGGGUGGGAUUUCAAGAGCCAUGAUCCCUGUGCAGCACAGCCACUUUGGGGAAGGCUGAGUUCUGGAUAGCUGUGAAGAGAGCCCACUGCCCCCCACUCCCAAGAGCAUUGCAGGGAUUUUGAGUAGCAAAGCAGAGCGUUUCAGGGCUCCCUUCUCUGGUGCAAAUGUUGGGUUUUCCACUCAUGCUCCUCCUGCAUAAAGCCAAAUUGCAUCCAGAUGUGCAAUCUGCCUCUGGUAAUCGGAUCCAACGCGCAGGCACGCCAAUGGCUUCAAGAUGCGCCGUUGAGGUUCUAAGGCAUGGGGGGGGGGUGGCCAAACAGCUCUUCUCCCCCAUCGCCCUAGGAGAAAAGAAGAAGGUCCCCCCCCCCGAUUGGGGGGCCGUGAAUUGAGCAUUUAGCCUGGAAAAAAUUCUCUUGAAAGAGAUGGGACUUGCCUAAUUUCUAACAAAGGGAAAAAGAUCUGCAAGGAAUUUGGGCUACCCCAACGACGGAUGGAUUUGUUUAGCCAAUUUGUUCUUUAUUAACUCCCUGCCUUUGGAGAGGACUGUACAUUUGAAAUAAACAUCUUUUAUCACGG